CAGGCCGGAAGUGGAGACCCCAGCACCCUUCACGCGGAGCAGGAAGUACGAAAGGGAGGCGCAGACUCGCCGGAAGCCGAGCCCCGGACACGCCCACUUGCCGGAAGCGCCGGCGGUGUUUCUCCGACAGGGUUGCUCUUUGACAGGAUUGCUGCGAAGGUGGACAGGCGGCGGGGUCAGGGCGGAGGCUGAGGACCUAGGAGGCAUGGCGGAGGGCGGGAGCCCCGAUGGGCGGGCCGGCCCGGGACCCGCAGGUCCUAAUCUGAAGGAGUGGCUGAGGGAGCAGUUCUGUGACCAUCCACUGGAGCACUGUGAAGAUACGAGGCUCCAUGAUGCAGCCUAUGUAGGGGACCUCCAGACCCUCAGGAACUUACUGCAAGAGGAGAGUUACCGCAGCCGCAUCAAUGAGAAGUCUGUCUGGUGCUGUGGCUGGCUCCCCUGCACACCACUGAGAAUUGCAGCCACCGCAGGCCAUGGGAACUGUGUGGACUUCCUCAUACGCAAAGGGGCGGAGGUGGACCUGGUGGAUGUCAAAGGGCAGACUGCCCUGUAUGUGGCUGUAGUGAACGGGCACCUGGAGAGCACUGAGAUUCUUUUGGAAGCUGGUGCUGACCCCAAUGGCAGCCGGCACCACCGCAGCACCCCUGUGUACCAUGCCUCUCGUGUGGGUAGGGACGACAUCCUGAAGGCUCUUAUCAGGUAUGGGGCGGAUGUUGAUGUCAACCACCAUCUGACUCCUGACACCCGCCCCCCUUUCUCCAGGCGGCUGACCUCCUUGGUGGUCUGUCCUCUGUACAUCAGUGCUGCCUACCAUAACCUUCAGUGCUUCCGGCUGCUCCUCCAGGCUGGGGCAAACCCUGACUUUAACUGCAAUGGCCCUGUCAACACCCAGGAAUUCUACAGGGGCUCCCCUGGGUGUGUCAUGGAUGCUGUCCUGCGCCAUGGUUGUGAAGCAGCCUUCGUGAGCCUGCUGGUAGAGUUUGGAGCCAACCUGAACCUGGUGAAGUGGGAAUCCCUGGGCCCAGAGGCAAGAGGCAGAAGAAAGAUGGACCCUGAGGCCUUGCAGGUCUUUAAAGAGGCCAGAAGUAUCCCCAGGACCUUGCUGAGUUUGUGCCGUGUGGCUGUGAGAAGAGCUCUUGGCAAAUACCGACUACAUCUGGUUCCCUCGCUGCCGCUGCCAGACCCCAUAAAGAAGUUCCUGCUUUAUGAGUAGUAUUCCAAUGCAGCGCUGACUGCAGUGUGGAAGCCAGUCAUCUGCAGGGGAAACUGACACGAACUCUGGCGUCCUGGGAACCAUGGCCUGUGCUGCCAACUUGGUCCUUGGCUGUCAGUGAAGAAGAAACGGCCGUGUUCUCUUGGACUGUGAUUCCAUCUCAGGUGCUUGGGCCAUCGAAUGCUCCUUGAGUCAUUGUCAACUGAGAGGCGCAUACAAGCUUAAUUUUGUUCCUCUUCAGUCUCUCUGUUUUGGAUUCUUUUCUGUGUGCAGUGUGGGCCGAGCCUGGUGAUCGCCCCAGUGGGGAAGGCUUUUUUCUCCAGAGCUAUGCAUCUAUUUAUGUUCCUACUUUGCAAUGUAUUGUUCUUUUAAGGCUUGAUAUCCAAACAAAAAGAGCAGUUUGUUAAGAAAAUAUGUAGGGAGCAGGAAUGUGGUUCACGCACUCGCUAGCCUCCUUUCCUGCCUGGGUUUGUCAGUACAUGCUGCCGAUGCUUGUCUGUAUAUGCUGCGGUGCACAUCCCUUCUCAUGGCUGCAGCUUUCUCUCUUGGGAGUUGUCCUCAGUCCAAGAUGGCUUCUGGGUUGCUAUCUUAUUGCAUGGAGGUCCCAGAACAGUGUUCACAGGCACUAUCAGUUCUGCCUAGGGUUUUCUGAUGUCUCACCCUGGGGAUCUUCAGACAGUGAUUACCUUUAGGAGACCCACCUGAAACUAACCACAUUGCCUACAUUCAGACCAGGGACCAUCUUAAUAGCACUCACUGCCAGUCCUUACAAGAUAAGAUGACACGGGGUGCUCUCUUCAGACCCUCCCAUACAGGAAGUGGGAAAUGUCUCAGUCACCUGGGUAGAGCUACAGCUUCUUGGUAUCCUCCAGAUAGGACAUCUGGGUGUUGGGUGACUUUUCUCCCACUUUCUGGCCCAAUGCCUUUCUGGGUGCUCCUAAAGGUCCUUCCCUGGCCUGCCCAGGGUUGUUGGUGAGUGAGAGAGAAGAACUUAUUGCAGGUGUGUUUAGCUCUUGAGGUGUGAGAGUCAUGAGCAGGUGGGUCAGGAACUACGGGCUUGAGCAUCCUUAGGUUGUUCCUGUUACAGUGAAAUCACCUUUUGUCAUUUUGAAUAAUCCUUUUAGGAUUAUUGUGUGGAUCUGUGAUGAUUAUAGACUUGAGAAUGUUUAGGGACAAGCAGAUACUAAAUCUGUUUAGAUUUUGGCCAUAAAAGGAAUCUAACUUGUUUGUGUUUUAGCUGAUCAGUCAGGCAGUUGUGGCCUUUGUAUUCUGUGAAUGGAGUUCCAAAACCCACCCCAGUGCCUCAGGAAGGCCCUGGGCAGUAACACAAGCUGGUCCAAAUGUGCUACAUGAGUUCUGGUGGGCCUUGCUCAGCCCUAGCCAGUGAGUCCUGGAUCUGGAGCAGGAAUGAGCUGACUGGAGCCUGUUCCUGUCUCCCCACAGCUGUUCUGUGGCUUGGCACAGAUCUUUGCUUGGUCUGGAGUAGCUUCCUCUGUUCUACGCUUUUCAGAAUCUCAGCACUGUGAGGUUCUUCUGCUUGUUCAAAACUUGCAUCUGGCAACUCUGAAUGUGACACAGCGUUGGCACUGACAGAAGACAUUUUCCCUUGUCUCCAGUAGUGCUCUGAAAGCACUGCACAUCAUUACUGUCAAGGUGUGACACGAGGUGUGGGUGAUGUGACCUUGGUGAGGACUGACCCUCUACUUAGCAGCCUCUGAGCUCUGUACCUGCAUCCUCCCUAGCGUGGAGAUGUGGUAGCUUGACUCACUGCCUCCUGGCUGAGCUGGCUCCAGCAGAGGAGCUCCAUAGCGCACAGCAAGAAGCCUGAAGGCUGCCCCGGCUUGUCGGCGUGUCGGUGGGGUUGUGGCUGUUACUGGGGCAGCCACUUGAUUUAAAUGGAGGCUUGUGCAUCCAAUUUUGGCCAGGCAGGUUGGAACCAGUGCUGAUUCUUCAGAAUUUAUCUUUUCAAUGUUGGGCUUUUAGACAUAUGUCCAGAAACCUGCCAAUGCAAUGCCAUAUAUUUUGUAACUAUUUUCCUUGUGUGUCUGUCUGUCUCUCUAUGUCUAUGUAUGUGUGUAUUUAUUUAUUAUUAUUUAUUUAUUUAUUUACUUAUUUAUUUAUACCCUUCUUCCAUAAGAGGACUUAAGGUGGAGAGUCUUGUUCUGUUUUGACAGUAGGUAAAUUUAGGGAAAAAUAUUGAUAAAGUAGGUAAUUAAUUUUCAAAUGUUAACCAGUACUGUUGCCAGGCUUAAGGACCAUCAUUUCAAAGUUUCCCCUUUUCUCUUUCAUGAAUGAGUUUUUUUUUAGAUAAAAAUUUCCUGAGAGAAUAAGUACUGACUAUGGGCCUGAGCUGAGGGGAAUUAAGUCUGAGGGCUGCCCUGGCCUGUGCUCAGCCAGUUCCUGGAGCAGUGGAGGCUCCACAGCAGACAGGAAGAGUUUCCUGCUGUGCCUUUCCGUGGGUGCUGGUGAGGUCCCGUGAAGAGCUGACACCUGAAGGAACUUUGUUUGGGAGUGGUCUCUGUCCUGAGAAAACUGCCUCUUAGAGGAAGUACACUUGAGGUGGUCGCUGUGCUGAGAGCCCAGUCUGGAGAUGGGAUUGAACUUGCGGGGCAGGUGACCAUCUCGGCCCACAGGAGAGCCAUGCAGGUGAAAGGGUAAGGACAGCUUGUAAUGCCCGAGGAAUCAGAUUUCCUCAGCUGACUGGAUUGUCUUUUAUUCUUCUUUUAUUUGUUCCCGACAAAUGACAGACGGCUUGCUGGAGAAGGAUGGUGUGGGGCUAUGGCUUUGCAUGUAAAACACUCUUGGUUGCAAUCCACAGCAAUGCUCUUUUCACGUUUGCUUGCUGCUGAAAUCCUGCCACAAUCUGAUUGUAGCGGAUGUUACAUAUUAAUGAGGAAGUUUUGGAUCCGAAAUAGCCUGCCUGGUGGUGAAAGGCGGCAUUGUGGCUCUCCCACUGCCUGGGGUAACCUCAAGGAUCACUGUGUAUGGCCUGAGAAGUCUAGACAUGCUUUUGAAGGGCCUCUACCACCCCAGGUCAGUGAGGUCACCCUCAGAAAGUCAGUGUGACCUUUUUGGUAAGGCUUGCUUGUCCCUUACUCAGGCCUUGGGAACCAGUGGCACCUAGGAUGCUGGUAAUGUCACCAGUGGUGGUCUGCUGGUACCCGUGUCUCCUUGGUGCCUACACACCAGGCACUUGGAGACUAAUCCUGACCUGCAGGGGUCUAAUGACUUUCCAUCAGCACAGAGCGGUUCCUGGAGGCGCCUCUGGACUUGGGGCGCUCCUUUCUUCCCCUUGCUCAUUUUCACCUCAUUGCCCUCCUUCCCAUAGUUCCUUGGUGUGCAGUAAAGUAAUGGGUACACGAACAGAACUGGUUAGGGAUUCCUAGUCAUCCCGGAAAAGUCCCGUAGAUGGGCACACGCAAGCUUUGAAGUGGCAGGGAUCUGUGGCAUUUACUACACACUCCAGCCUGGCAAAGGGUGACGGAGUGAGGAGAACACGGGAACUGCUGUAGCCUUAACAGACACCUGGCACCCAGUGCUACUGAUGUGCGGAACUCUUCUGCACUGGGGAUCCAACCAGAUCCUGUGCAUGUGAGGCAAGCACUCUACCACUGAGCUGUAUCCUUAUUCCUUAGAUAAACCAAGCAAUUGAAGGAUUGUUUGACAUGAAUCGAGAUUGACAUUUAUGAACCUAGCUGUCUUGGAUGUGCAAUGUGACAGUUUGCAUCUGACAUCUUUCCAGCAGUGCCCUGUGCUCCCCUGCGGUGUCUGCACAGCAUCCACUACUUGUGUUGGUAUUGGGCAUGUGUAGUGUAUCAUGCCAUAGGACCUGUGUGCUUGUGCUGAAGACAUGCUCACUGCAACCCUCCACUUCCUGUUUGAGGGUGAAGGAGUGCUUGUCGGCAGUGGCCAGGACUGACUGUUUUCGCUCUUGUGCCUAGUUAAGAGAUUUCAAAAGGUCAAUGACAUUUUUAUACAUUGUUAUAAUAAAUGCUUUAUUGCCCUCUGAUUUCCUUUCCACAUGCCUUAAUUUUGUGGCCUGUGUCUCAUUGGAUAGAAUCUUCCUCUCUGUGCAGUUUUUUAUACAUUAGUUCAUUCAUUCAUUCAUUCAUUCAUUCUGUGUGAUGUGUGUGUCCUCUUGUACCUGCAUUCCCAUGUAAGCUGUGGUGUGAAUGUGGAGAUCAAAGGACAAUGUUUGGGAGUUGGUUCUCUUCUUCUACCAUAUGGGUUCCAGGGAUUGAACUCGGUCACAUGGUAGAAAGUGCCUUUACCGCCUGAGCCGUCUUACAGCCUCCACCUGCAGCUGUGUGCACAGUUCAGGUGGGAGGGGCUGGCUCCUGGAUAGCUUCCUAUGGCCGGAGGGAAGGUUCUGAAGCGGGAGUCUAUAGCUGUUCAGGGUUCUUGGGGCUUCAGGGAGAAACCUUUACUUUUGCCCAGGAUUAAACUAUCUAGCGUUGCCUGGCUCACCUGGUGCCUCUGGCUCCAGGACUGAAGAAAGUUGCUUCUCGCAGCUUCCCACCCAGUAACAUUGCACAGCAUUCUGUGUGUGGGGACAUGAGGGUCACUGCCAUUUGAGCCCCAUGUGAUAUGUGACUUAUUUCGCCAGUCGAGGGUGAGAUCUGGCAACUUGGGAUAAGCCUGGAGUGACUGAACUGAAUAAAGGUAUUUCUUCAUCUCGA